AUGAACCCAAGUCGCGUCUUCACGCCUGAAGGGCAUGUGAGUUGGGGCGGCAGCUGCAUCGGGAUGUACAGUGUCGAAUCUCCAGGUUCCGGGAACGAAUAUGAGCGGUUGAUAAAGAAUGAGAGAUCCGGGUAUGAGCGGGAGGAGGGCGUGUUUACUCUACAGGAACACAAUCAGUUGCUUAAGGAAACAAGCGAGGGGAUGCAGGAGAUCAGGAGGAGGCAGAGGGAGACGCAGGCUAGGAUGGAUGAGGUGGAGAGGAAGACGUUGAAGAUGUGGAGUAACGAGAAGGAGAAGGGGAAGCUGAGUGGCGAUUUGGGAGAGGAGCUGUUGAAUGAUCCGGAUGUUACGGCUAGUAAGGCGCCGUGGAAUGCUGAUGUGUGGAAGGUCGAGAGUAAUGAGUUUCAGAAAGAGCAGAUUGUAGCAGUUCUGGUGGCUUUAAAGCUGGAGACACCCGUCCGAGGCGAAGUUGAGGGAAGCGGGGUGGAUAAAGUGCUGGUGAAGCCGAAUGAUGUUGCAGAGGCGGGGAGGCCUCUAAUUAGUCAUUGUAAGGGCAACGAAGAGCUGAAUGCGAUAUUGAGAUGGCAGACCCUGGACCCAUUGAAAGCGCUAGGUAUCUCCUCCGUUCCCGUCACAUCAAUAACCUUCGGAGGGCCCUCCCCCACCUUAGCCUCCCACUUCCCCCCAAAGAAAUGA